AUUUUUAAGUAUAUUAAAAUUUGCUAAAAAUUAUACUUAAUCACAUAAGUUGAAAUUUUAUAUUUUUAUAAAAUAUAUUUUUUGUAAUGUGAAAGGUAGAAAUAGAUACCAUUAAUAAUUUUUUCCUUAAAAUUAUACAAUUAGUUCAUUUUACAUCCCUACCCCCUUGUAGCAUAACAAAUAAAAAAAAAAAAAACCUAAGUUUUAGAUUUAAAGUAUACACAAAAAUAAAAUAAAAUAAAAUAAAAUAAAAAGCUCUUUUAAAAACGCUUUUUAAAAAAUUAAUGAAAGAAUAGAAAAUUAAAUUUAACAUUAUAUAUAAUCCUAUUGAAUUAAUUACUUUAUAUAUCACCUAAGUAUUCUUAUCUUAUUAUUACAAAUAGAAUUCGCAAUUUUCCAAAAAAUUAAAAAUGAAAGAAAGCAGGAGUAUGAUUUCCUAUAUGAAAGUUUUUACUUAUUCUCUCAUAGUAUGGUCGUCGCAAUAUGCCCGUAACUCAUCAAAUGCCUUAUGUGAUCUAUCAUGUUAUAAGGGCAACAACAGGUUAUUGGGCGAAGGCUCAAUGUAUUCAUUAAGAGGUGAUUUCCCUAUGAGACCUAGAAAUGGUGGUGGUUAUCGAGAUGAUGAACUUCAUAAUAUGUCAAGAAGAAUGAACAGUGCAGUAAAUGAUGCUCAUUUUGAACGUCGAUUUCAGGCAUUAUCCUCUGAAGAUAAUUUACAGGGUGGCUUUAAGGCUAUGAUGCACGAUGACAAUAUACAGAAACGAUUUAGUGCAAUAAUGCAUGAGGGAGAUAAUGGAAGGGGAUCUGGCAAUUCAUUUGAGAAUGAGUUUAAUACAAGAGGAAGAUCGAAUUACUAUCAGCAUUACAAAAAAGGGAGUGGCUUAAAAAAGAAUGUUAUGGGUUUAUUAAAGUACGAUAAAUAUUCAGGAAGAAAAGGUCAGUCAUCAAGAGGAGCCAGGGAUUUUGAUAGACAAGCUCAUCGUUAUCAACAGGAUAUAGAAGCUCACCAGACCCCUUAUAACUUUAACACCUUUGAUAUUACUCUGAAUACUCACAUGCCACUUUUUGAUAGUAACGGACCACUGGAAGAACAUGAAAUCAAACACGUAGUUCAAAAAAAAAGAUUAAACAGAAGUGCCCUAGAAUCCAUCUUAGAAAGUUUUAUUAAAUUCGUAAAAAAAUCAGAUGCAAUGUAUGAAACAGAACUAUUAGGUAUAAUGACAGGUACUACUGGUGCUUAUGAUGGUCAACACCUCGAACAAAAAAAAAAUAAAGGAUUGGGAGGCAUGCUUAAGGAUAAAUUAACCAUCAUUUCCCCAAUUAUAUCAAUUGCUAUCUUUUUGGUCUUGUUCGUUGUGUUUGAUGUAUUAUCUGGUGUUGUCAUAACAUCUAUACUUCUCAUUGCAACAGCCUUAUAUGUAUGGUACAAAUAUAACAAGUGUGAACGUAUAAAUAAAAUGUACGGAAUUUAUGACGAGCAAAAAUUAAUGGAGCACAGUGCAAAACGAAAAAUGGCAGCACUCAGAAAUUCAAGAUACAUUAGAUAA